AUGCAGAACGAACAGUUAAACGAAUUUGCUCCAGCAGAGCAUAUUCAUCAGAUUCGCUCAUAUUUCGAUAUCAUAGACAAUGCAGUUCAAAUUGGUGACACUAAUAGAAAAUAUUCUGACGCAAAGAUUCCAUCACAACCUGGAACUGCUAAAGAUAACACAUGGGUAACAUUCAAUCUCUCACCUCCUGGUGAAAAUAUGUUGGACCUUUACAAUACAUUCAUUACGUAUAAAAUGGAAGGUCAAUUUAUUGUAGAUAAAGAAAUUGGUUCAGGUUCCAAUAAAACAAACCCACCAGGAUUUUGGAUUGGUUUCGAUGACGCUUUCUAUGCAGUUGCUGGAUAUCAAAUCCUUGCAAAUGGUCGUAUCGUAUAUUCUCAAGACAACGCAAGAGAAGAAGCAUAUAUAACUUCAAACUCACAAACUACCGAACAAAUAAAGAAAGUAGAUGUUUUCUCAAAGACUCGACAUGAAGAUGUAUGGAGUCAUUCGGGAACAUGCAGAACAGGACAAAUUGUUAGUGGUCCAAUUACAGCAGGAAAGUCAUUUGAUUUUAAGCUUCGUUUAAGAAUUCCU